UCCCUCUCCCUCCUCCCUCUCUCUCUUUUUAUCCCUCCCUGACUCAGAUUAUCUCCAUCAUCCUGCCGUUGAGAUGUCGACUCCUGAUGCAGCAGGUAAUCCAGGAGCUCCCGGGGCCCCGGAGGGCGAGGGGGGCCCUCCGGCUCCUGCCCCGAACCUCACCAGCAACAGACGGCUGCAGCAGACGCAGGCGCAGGUGGACGAGGUGGUGGACAUCAUGCGCGUGAACGUGGACAAAGUCCUGGAGAGGGACCAGAAGCUGUCGGAGCUGGACGACCGGGCCGACGCCCUGCAGGCCGGAGCCUCGCAGUUCGAGAGCAGCGCGGCCAAACUCAAGAACAAGUACUGGUGGAAAAACUGCAAGAUGAUGAUCAUCAUGGCAGUUAUAGGUGUUAUAUGUGUUGGAGUCGUCUUCUUGUACUUCUUCUACUGAGCUGCUCUUCACGGACAGACACACAAGUCGCAGGACGAGUCGGCGCCAACGCCGACGAGCCAGAUCCAGCCUUUCCUCAGCGCUCCGCCUGCUCCUCAUCCUCCUCUUCCUCACCGAUGCCUUCCUCAGAAACAUUCGUGCAUGGUCUGUGAUGUCCUCCGGUGCCUCCUCUUCUGUCUCUGCUCCUCGUGGAAAACGUGUCUCCAGGGCGGGAAUCCCGAGCUGAACAACAGUCGAGCACCAGAUGGUUUCAGUUACGAGUUAAUCGAUCAGAAAAGUCGACUUCUUCCUGCCGUAUCGUCCUGUGAAACGCAGCAUUUCUUGUCGUAAAGCGUGAAAUCAAUUGGCAAACUGAAAGGAGAAUGAAAGCAUCUUAAACAUCAAAUAACAUGAAUGAUGUUGUCCAGCUAAUGUCAGGUUUCUUAAACAUGCAAGAGAUCCAGUAAAGUGGGAUGAGUUUCAGGGACAGGAAGUGAUGCGAGGCCUUUACUGGCUCCCACUGGCCACCGGUGCAAACCACAGUGUUGUCAUGUUAAGAAAACAACUCACUGACACGCUGGAACAGGAUUUCAGUCUUUCACUCAAAGCUGCGUGAGAUCCAGUCAGAAUUUUCAA